CUUUGCUCUCUUUGUCUCCCUUUCAUUCUUAUACCUCCUCGGUCUCGUUCCUCAUGUUUACUCAAAGAAACAACGAAGGGCGCGGUGGCUCCAAUGCACCACGCGGACGAGGUCGUGGUAACAAGUACAUGGGACGGAAACAUGGAGACGGCUCAAAUGCUAUUCCCCACAACAACAACAACAACAACAACAAUAAGAAUCAUAACCCUAAUGCUGGCAAUCAGAAAAACGUGCCCAAACAUCGCAACAAGCAGUGGACACGUCCAGGUCUUCAGCAAGAUCACGACAUUUCGUCAAUGCAACCACCAGCAAUGAGCUCAAAGAAUACAUCAACAGCCGAACAACGACUGAAACGUUUUGGCGACACGGAUAAAAGCAUUUUAUAUACCCAGAUGAAAGAAGAUCGUGUUAUCGAACGUCGAGAAGCUAUCAGAACCGGUCAGAUCGCUGAUCCUGAUGUUCCUAGGCGCCUCGAAGACGCGAUUGACUUUAGAGGAACAUGUCAAUCGAUGUGUCCUGCUUUCGAAAUUGUUGAGCGCGAAGUUCAGAAUAUGUUGGACCCCUUAGAAGUCGAUGCAUUUGGAAAUGCGGAUCCUAAUAAGGCAGUGAAAAGAUACCGCCGUUCUGCUGCAGGCAAUGAACAGCCUCUACCAUCCGAUGUUCGUCCUCCGGCUGUCCUUACGAAAACACUCGACUAUUUGUUCAACAACGUACUUUCCAAUAACCAGUUCAUUUCUUGCCAUGCUUUCUUAUGGGAUCGAACACGUGGAGUCCGUCAAGACUUUACGUUACAAAAUAUUCGCAAUGUAGUAACUGUUCAAGUUCAUGAACGCAUUGCUCGCUUUCAUAUUUUGGCACUGCACGAGCUUUGUGAAUAUGAUGAGGACAAGUUCAGUCAACAGCAAGAAACGGAACAGCUUGGAAAAGUGCUUAUCAGUUUGAUGGAAUUUUACAACGAUCUACGACAAGAGAAUAUCCAUUUGCCAAACGAAGGCGAGUUCCGAGCAUACCACUUAAUAUACAAUAUCCGAGAUCAUGAACUUGCAUCGCGCAUGAUGACAAUGCUACCCGAAUAUGUCCGCCAACAUCCUUAUCUAAGGCAAGCAUUCCGAUUCUAUGAAAGUAUUCAACGCAACAACGAAAUUAUGCAAACGUCCGAACGAAGAAACAAACCAGAAAACGUGCUGGCUGCGAAGAACUACUAUGCAAAGUUAUUCAAACUCGUUGGCAGCAGCGAGACACCCUUUCUCCUCGCCUGUAUGAUUGAAACGCAUUUUGCGGAAAUCCGAAAAGGUGCUCUCAAAGCCAUGUCACGCGCGUACAUCUUCAACUACAAGGGCGUGGACUCUGAAUAUCUACGACAGCUACUUGCAUAUGACGAUGUAAAGCAUUUCCUUGUCGAGGCAAAUCUAUACGGACUCGUGAUUGAGAAAACAGACAACACCGUUCUCGUUCGAUUUGGUCAGAAAAUAAAAGGCAAAACAACCUUGUUCGUCGAGCCAUUAUCAUUACCACGCCAACGUCGAUCGUGUCUGUUGGUGGAUCCUAAAAAGGGUGGUAGAUCGUACAGUGAUAUCAUUAACAGUGAUGCAAAUUCCGAAUUACAUAUCAGCACCUCAGUCACCGUUCGUGAUCUCCAACAUCCGCCUCUAGCCAACGUUGAGACGAAGAAUACGACGUUUUUAAGCGGAAAAAGAACUUUACUGCCGACGAAUGUAGUCACUGACUUUCCUGUCGUACGGCGCAUCGUCAAUGCGACUCCAACGUUGUCAGCAGAAGAGCUGGCCGAGCGAGAAAGAAAGCGCGCAGAAACACAGCAGCAGCAAUUGAGGCAAGCCGCCCUUUUACAGCAACGACAAAGACAACAAAAACAAGAAGCUGCCAUGCAAGCACAGCUAAGGGCGGAGCAAGAACGCAAACAAAAGGAAGCAGCAGCGGCCGCAGCAGCAGCUGCAGCAGCGGAGACGGCUCAUCGACUUAAACAACAACGAGAAGCUCAAGAACGGGCUGCAAUAGCCGAGCGCCAACAACGCGAAGCGAUGCUUGCGGAACUGACCAACUCACUUGGUGCAGAAGUGUUCAAUGCUACAGUUCUGGAAGAAGUGCAAGUCGUUGCGACGAGCACGCUCCACCAAUAUAAAGACUUGAAACGCAAUAUGCAACCAUUGUUGAACCGCACACGCACUCGGAUUACUUAUAAUCAACGGUUAGCAAAAGAGCGUGGCUGCCUCCAUCGUCUAGUGGAUCGAUUAUCAAAGCGAAUUCUGAAACCCGCGUGCAAAGCUGUCAAAGCACAACGCGUACGAGAAUGUCUAUACUUGGAGAAACGUAUGCUUGAAUCCGUGAGAAAGAGUAAAGUAUCAAGGGAGCAGCAAGACGCGUCUGUAUGGGCGACAGAAAACUUUGCGGACCUGAUACAUCCCUUAGUCAAAUGCUCCACUGUCGGACAGCAACAGCAACAACAACAACACAAUUGGCAGCUCUGGAUACACGUUGAAGACACGGCACUACAAUCCACAAAGUGGUUCGCAAAGAAGUUUGGAUUGGACGAUGAGUUUGGACGACGGAUCGAACGCUUCAAAGACAACACGAUCAUCACCAUUCGCACAGUAUCACAUCAAAACCGCCUGUACGGCAAGGCAGUGGAUGAGAUGGGUGGGAUCAUCUUUUCAUUGUCAGAAGUGCGCAUACAUGGAACGGAUGACUGCAGAAAUCAAAGGUACUGGAAGGCAGAAAAGGACCGUCUGGAUAAAAUGACAAACCAACUUUUGCAGUACAAUCCACACAUGCGCGUCCCGUUCAUCUUUACGUACUGGCCACAAACAUCGUCACUUGAACAAGCCGUACAAGAGGUAAUAUAACAAAAGAGCACUGCUGCUGUUUGGGAGGUGCACUAUUAACCGUGUGAACAUGACGACGAUAGAUUCCCGACCUGUUGGGGCUCCAUGACAACUUCCUGGUCCAAGAUUAUCAUAUCGUCAUCAUGGAUCCUUUCACAAUCGCCGGACGACUCAGAGAAGAAAUCCCAUGGUUGGCCAACGCCAGCAACACCAUCCAAUCCUGUACAUAGCUUUUUCUCCAUCCCAAUUCGUUUUUAUGAACAAAUAUUUAGCAAAAUAGU